AUUCCCCGUGCCGUCGUUGCCAAACACCUCUCUGGUGCCUUAUCUGAUCUCUGAUGCAAUCCCUAUUGCCGUAGUCUGCUACAUGUUUGUAAUGUCGAUGGGAAAGCUGUUUGCAAAGAAACAUAAGUACAGGACGGAUGCUACUCAGGAAUUCUAUGCUGUUGGAAUAAUGUCUGUUGCUUCGUCAUUCUUUCCUGUAUAUCCUGUAGGAGCCUCACUUAGCAGAUCAUCAGUUUGUGAAAUGUCUGGAGCAAAUACUCAGCUCUAUACCAUGUUCUCGUCAACGCUUCUACUUACUGUGAUUCUUAGCUUAGGCCCAUUCUUGGAACCACUACCCAUGUGUAUUCUGGCCUGUAUAGUUAUUGUAAGCCUGAAAAGUCUCUUCCUUCAAGUCAAAGAACUACCUCGAUACUGGCGGAUCAGCAAAUACGAUUUUGCAAUUUGGCUGACAGCAUGUGUGACGACCAUAAUAACCGACGUGACAAAAGGUCUCGUCAUAUCGCUGACUUUUGCGUUGUUCACCGUUGUCCUCAGAGAGCAGUGGCCUCGUUUUGCUGCAGCUCCUGUGGACACGAUCCCACCACAGCAUGUUCCUGAGGGAGUUAGUGUACUGAAAUUCGAAUCCCCAUUACAUUUUGCAAAUGUCACACUGUUCACGGAUAAGAUCUCACAGCUAAUAGCAUCCGUGAAAGAUGAGUCAUUGCUGAAUGGACGGGCGAUUAUUGUCGAUUGCACGGCUAUGGCAUAUGUGGAUAGUAUGGGUCUGGACGCACUCAGAGAGGUAUACAAUGAUGCGAAGAAAAGCAAUGUGGCUUUGCAGUUUUGUGGAUUGAACGAUACUGUCCUUGACGUAAUCAAGAACGACGAGAUUUUGCGGACCUCAAUACCCGAGUUUAUUCUACGCCGUUCAGUCAAUGAAGCACUUCUUUAUCUAGCUGCGCAGCCAACUGUCUGA